AUGAAAACUGUUGGAGUUUCGGCAACAUACACAGAUAAUAUUACUCGUAAGCAAGUAUUAAAAAAAAACGUAGAUCUAUCAAAGUUGAAUGAGGUACCUGAGCUUCAAAGAUUAAACCAUGUUAGUAUAAAAAAACAAAAUUAUGUAAGAAAAUUGAUGAAGUUCUUUACAAUACCCAAUGAAGCUGAGCAGUUUUAUACCAAUAUAUUUAAAGAAACAACUACAGUGGAUGAUAUUAAUGACAAUAUUGAAUACAACGAAGAUGAUGUGUGA